CAACGAUGUUGUCCUGAUGCUUGGUUGUGUGCCGUUGAGGCGGACCUUCAAUGGCUUCGUGCUUUGAUCCCGGAUGCACCCUUCUUUGAUGACCCAUCUUGGGAAGGACACCUGCGGUUCUGGAGGGAACGACCGGGAGCCUGGAAGUUGCUUGUCCACCGAGCGUGCUCCUUGCACCUUUGGCAGUCCCGGACCAUUCGAGAGACUUUCAGGUGGCACCGACGCAUCAUUGAGCUGCUUGAGGCCUCUGGCAUGGAGCGCAUGGGUCCUUCUCCUGGGCAGGCGUCUUCGGUGGCUUUUCGGGCACCUUUGCGCUGCCAUUGUGGACGGUGUUUCGCUUCCACGACUGCUCUUGCGGUCCACAAAGUGCAUGCCCAUGGGGAGCAUGCGCCUGAAUGGCAUAUGGCUCAGGACACUGUCUGUGGUGCAUGCCUUCGCAGCUUUUGGACCAAGGCCCGCUUGAAGCAGCACUUGGCGUACCUUCCUCGUUCUGGAGCCCCCAACGCCUGCUUUGAGGCUCUGAGGCAGCGCUCAUUUCCCACCUCUUGUGCUUUGGCGGGUGAGCCCUCCAAGAUUAUAGUGGUCUGGCACGACAUGAUGCCCUUCCGGUUGCGGGCCCCGUUGGCUUGGGCCUGA